UAAUUAACUUUAGAUUCGGGGUUGAAGAGGACUGGAGUUGAAGUUGAAGCCAACCCCUGGGGACAAGUUGUCGUCACUCUUACGCUCUACAUAGAAUCUAUAAGAAGUAGUUGCCCACUCACUCAUUCUCCUCAACAAACACAGAGUUUAAAAUGAACGUCCUUGGGAAGAAACCGGGUCGGGUCGUGGACAAACCCACGAACCCGAUGGUGACUCCUCUCCUCAACGAUCUCUACCAAUUCACCAUGGCUUAUGCUUACUGGAAAGCCGGCAAGCAAUCCGAACGAUCCGUGUUUGAUUUGUAUUUUCGUAAGAACCCAUUUGGCGGAGAGUACACUAUCUUCGCUGGGUUAGAGGAAUGCAUCAAGUUCCUCGCUAACUUCACUUUGACCGACGAAGAGAUUGAUUUCGUUCGUGACUCCUUGCCUGGCUGCGAGGAAGCUUUCUGUGAUUACCUUCGAGGGCUUGACUGUUCCGACAUUGAAGUGUACGCUGUUUCCGAAGGUUCAGUUGUGUUCCCUAAAGUGCCUUUACUCAGGAUCGAAGGCCCUGUUGCUGUUGUGCAAUUGUUGGAGACUCCGUUUCUGAAUCUCAUCAACUACGCGUCUCUGGUUGCUACUAACGCUGCCAGGCAUCGUUUUGUUGCUGGCAAAUCUAAGCUUCUGCUUGAGUUUGGUGCUCGGAGAGCUCAGGGACCUGAUGGUGCAAUAAGCGCGUCAAAGUAUUGCUACCUUGGAGGCUUUGAUGCAACAAGCAAUGUUGCGGCAGGGAGAUUGUUUGGAAUACCUCUCCGUGGUACACAUUCACAUGCUUUUGUCAGCUCAUUCAUGAGCCUUGAUGAGAUUGUUGACAAAGCGCUACGAAGCUCUGAUGGGAAAACCACUUGUGAAGAUUUCGUCAGUCUAGUCCAAACUUGCCUAGCCAAGAUUCAGAACUCAUCUUCAUUAUCUGGGAUCUUCUCCGAGACAAACAAAAGCGAGCUUGCAGCUUUCACAUCCUACGCGUUGGCUUUCCCCAGCGCCUUUCUUGCUCUUGUAGAUACUUACGAUGUGAUGAAGAGUGGAAUCCCUAACUUCUGUGCUGUUGCUUUAGCACUUAAUGAACUGGGAUACAAAGCAGUAGGGAUUAGAUUGGAUUCAGGCGACUUAGCUUACCUCUCUACUGAAGCCAGAAAGUUCUUUUGUGGCAUAGAGAGAGAGCUUAAUGUGCCUGACUUCGGGAAGAUGAUCAUUACCGCUAGUAAUGAUCUUAACGAAGAGACAGUGGAUGCUCUAAACAAACAGGGUCAUGAAGUAGAUGCAUUUGGGAUUGGAACCAACUUAGUGACUUGCUAUUCGCAAGCAGCGUUAGGCUGUGUGUUCAAACUCGUGGAGAUCAAUAAUCAGCCUCGGAUCAAACUUUCUGAAGAUGUUACUAAGGUGUCGAUACCAUGUAAAAAGCGUACUUACAGAUUGUUUGGGAAAGAGGGUUACCCUCUAGUUGAUAUUAUGACUGGAGAGAACGAACCACCACCUAAGGUUGGUGAGAGGUUACUUUGCCGUCAUCCAUUCAAUGAAUCGAAGAGGGCUUAUGUGGUGCCACAACGUGUGGAAGAGCUUCUGAAAUGCUAUUGGCGUGGCAAUGCAGAUGAAGCUAGGGAAGAGCUAGAGCCAUUGAAAGAGAUAAAAAACCGUUGCAUCAAACAGCUUGAGAACAUGCGACCUGAUCAUAUGAGAAGAUUAAACCCUACUCCUUAUAAGGUUAGUGUAAGUGCCAAGUUGUAUGACUUCAUCCACUUCCUCUGGCUCAACGAAGCUCCUGUCGGUGAACUUCAUUGAGAAUUCACAAAAUAUAGUUUUGUAUGCUUCUGUCUUUUCUUAUAAAAUUUAAGAUAUAACCAUAGUAUAUCUAUCGGCUUUGCCACUCAUAAAGCCACUCACUGUAUGAGUUCUUGAUCUCAACUCUUUACAACUUUAUCUAUAAAAAAACUUGUAUUCACCAAAACAUUACUCGGAAUAAAACACAGACAAUCUUCUU